AUGUCUCACUCUGGUGCAGGUCCUACCAGAGUGACGGGGAUGCAGCCAGCAGCCAGUGCGCGUUGUUCUGGUGCUGAGAGGACGUCAGCUGAGGUUGAGAUAGGCAGAGAGGGGGCGGCAAGCAGUGGAGCCGCGGGCUGGCAACUUGGGACGUCGCGGCAGCGGCGGCUCGCGAGCCUCGUCGCUGAUGGCGACGAGGCGCUGCAGUGGCGCUCCGGUGCUGGCGCGUCGCAGGGCCGAUGUCACGCGGCGCGGGGAAGCGGGGGCGGUGGCGGGGGCGGGGGCGGGGACAGGGUGGCCGUGGCAGAGGCGCACUGGCGGCGGGAGAAGCGGGCGGGGUACACGCCGUCGCUGUUUGCAGAUAAGGCGAGGGAUAAUGAUUAUGUAGUGAGCGUGGUGUCCCACGUGCUGCGAUACCAGAGAGGCAGCUGCAUUGCCGGAGCCCCGGGGAAGCCGUCGGCCGUCGGCCGUCGGCCGUCGGCCGUCGGCGAGGCCAGGGGCGGCGCUCUGCGACCACCUCGUGCCUGCGCUGGCCAUCUGGCGGCGGCGGCGGCGGCGGCGGCGGCGGCGGCGGCGGCCGGUCGAUACGACGUCGGCGCCGCUCAGGCAGAGGCCGGGCCGUCGGGACGCCGCCGCCGCCGCCGCCUUUUGAUUGCACUAACGAGCCGCGCCUCCGCCUCCGCCGCCCCCGAGCCGCUCUCGCAGGCGCACAAGUGGUGGGCCAACACGCCGGCCGCCACCUAG